UCUACCGCAGACAUGUCUGACCCGAUCCUCUUCGAAGACACCUUCACUAUCACGUCAAUUAACGCUCAAAAAUACGAUCGCGUCUCUCGCAUCAGCUGUACGUCCACAGAUCAGCUAACCACCUUCACUCUUGACGUAAACUCUGAGCUCUAUCCGUGCGCGCCUGGUGAAUCUCUUUCACUCGCUCUCGCAUCCACAUUAGCGCUAGACGGUAAAGAUGAAGGUGCCGGAGGGCGAGCUGUUUGGAGAGAUGUAGGUAUGGGCGAGACAACGUUGGCAAAUGACUAUGACUACGUGUGCUAUGGGAAAGUCUAUCGAUUUGAAGACAGUAGCACGGCAGGGAACAUGGCUGUCUUUGUUUCAUUUGGCGGAUUACUUCUGUAUCUGGAUGGACCAUACAAGAAGCUCAACCCGUUGAGAAUCGACUACGUUUACCUCUUGAUAAAGAAAUAAGCUCGAACAGGUUCGACCUUUUAAACCCGAUAAUACCACGGUCAGGUUAAUGCGGUAGUACGGGAUAAUACGGAACAACAAACGAAAUAAAAAGCUUAAGAGGAAAUACUCUCGGAUUGCAUUUAGCGCCGGCGUUCUAUCUGGUUAGGUUCUAAAGUCUUUAAGGAAUCACUGUGUUUGUCUAAAUAAAUAAAAACAGGGAUGUUAUCUAAGAGACGCGUCAAAGGGUGGGGACCUCAUGACGGCGAUGGAUCCUGGCUUGUAUCUCCAGAUAAUCCUUCUCAUUCUCCUGUGUUAUGAUGUUAUGCCUGAUGAAGAAGUCUAUAAGCACAACAGAGCAGUUGGGCUUGAAUUCCCCAUUGGCCAAUGCAGCCUUCACUUCGUCAACAGUCCACAGGUAAAAGCCUUCCACUUCGGUAUCGCACGGCUUUGGAACGACGCUCGAAUCGACUUCCAAAUCAUAGACGUAUUCACAUUCCGGUUGGAGAAGCCCCGUUUCACCACCCGCGCGCGCAUCUCGUAUAUAUGUAUAUGUAACGCAUCCAACAGCUUUUGUAUUGGCCCUGACUAGAUCUUCGGGCAAGGAAGCUUCCUCUAUGGCCUCGCGGACCAAACUUUCGAAUGGUUGUUCGCCAGUGCUGAUCCCCCCGCCAACGGUGUUAUCCAACAUUCCGGGAUACGUUUGCUUUGUCUUUGAUCUUCGAGCAACCCAAAUUCUAAUACCAUUCUCGUCGUUCACAUAGACCGUCAUAUGCACUCCAUAAGUCAGGAUUCCAAAAAGAUUGCUGCCGGAGCGCUCAAUGCUGCCUAGCAAUUUCUUGCCCGGCCCAUAAAUGGGGUAUAACUCAUUGCGCCAGCCUCGGAGGACCUGAAAAGUGUCUUCUUUAACGGCAGCGGCUAAUGUGCGAGCAAGAAGGUCGGUCCGUUGUUCCGCAGCGGCAUCAUGGGGAGCCAGGAGUGUCACUGUGCGCGUCUCGUGGUUUAUUUCCCAGAGAUCCUUUGGCCAAGGGAACUUGU